UUCUAAAAAAAACUGAAAUAAUUACUACUUAAGUACGAGUCUCUGGCUUCACUCUCUCAGAUCACUCACUGAUCCAAUUCAAAAACUUCACCACCGAGCAAUCUCGCCGGAAACAGAGCCUCUCUUCUUCACCGCCGUAUUUUCUUCUUCUCCAGAAAUGUGGGAUUGAAGAAGUUGACGAAGAAGACGAAGUUUAACAAUGGCUCCAGUGAAAAAAUCAGAUAAGAAAGCAACAUUAGAUGCUGCUGCUUGGAUGUUCAAUGUUGUUACUUCUGUUGGUAUCAUCAUUGUUAAUAAAGCUUUAAUGGCUACUUAUGGCUUUAGCUUUGCUACAACGUUAACCGGUUUACAUUUCGCCACUACGACGUUGAUGACGCUUGUUUUAAGAUGUUUAGGAUAUAUACAACCUUCUCAUCUUCCAUUUACAGAGCUUCUUAAGUUUAUUCUGUUUGCUAAUUUUUCGAUUGUUGGAAUGAAUGUUAGUCUUAUGUGGAACUCUGUUGGGUUUUAUCAGAUUGCAAAGCUUAGCAUGAUUCCUGUAUCAUGCUUGUUGGAAGUAGUAUUUGAUAAGAUUCGUUACUCAAGAGAUACAAAACUUAGCAUUGGACUUGUUCUUGUUGGUGUUGGUGUUUGUACUGUUACUGAUGUUAGUGUUAACACCAAAGGUUUUGUUGCUGCUUUUGUUGCUGUGUGGAGUACUGCUUUGCAACAAUACUAUGUACAUUAUCUACAGCGAAAGUACUCGCUUAGCUCAUUCAACCUACUGGGUCAUACUGCUCCAGCUCAGGCUGCAACGUUAUUGAUAGUCGGUCCAUUUCUCGACUAUUGGUUGACAGACAAACGGGUAGACAUGUAUGAUUACAACUCUGUCUCUGUGAUGUUUAUAACCCUCUCGUGCACAAUAGCAAUCGGGACAAACCUGAGCCAGUUCAUCUGCAUCGGGAGAUUCACAGCAGUGUCAUUCCAAGUCCUGGGCCAUAUGAAGACGAUCUUGGUGCUUGUAAUGGGCUUCUUCUUCUUUGACAGAGAUGGUCUAAACCUGCAUGUGAUUCUUGGCAUGAUCAUUGCAGUACUCGGGAUGAUCUGGUACGGUAAUGCCUCGUCCAAGCCAGGCGGCAAGGAGAAGAAGAAUUAUUCUCUUCCAACGACCCGACAACAGAAACUUGGGGCUACUUCAGAUUCUGAUGAACAUCGAGAUAAAGCGUAGCAAGUAAGUGAUCAGAAAGAUCAGUUUCACACAUAGCUUUUCACAUCACACAUCGCUCAGUUUGAGAUAUUCUUUUGUAGCUGAAUUUUGUAUUCUUAUAGAAUCAAUUUUUUGCCUUGGUACCAAACGAUUUACUCUUGCGUGAAGAACUAAGUUACAUCACAUUCUUUACACUUUUCCGUCAAUGUUCCGAUGUUUGUAUAUUUCGAUUUUUAAGCAUUGUUGAAUUGCCUUAGACA